AUGGCUGAAACUGAUUCUUUCCUUCACCUUGCUCGCCCUCUGGGCCCGAUGGCAGUGGGGUCUGCACCGACAACCGCCCCUCUGAAUGUUGUCAUUCAUCCUCAGGCUCUCUUCUCGAUCCUUGAUCAUUCCCUCCGUCGCAAUGCCGACCAGGAGCGUGUCAUCGGAACCCUGCUAGGUACCAGGUCAGAGGAUGGAACUGAGGUGGAGAUUCGCACUACUUUUGCUGUUGGACACACCGAAACGACGGAUCAGGUUGAGGUCGACAUGGAAUACCAGAAGCAAAUGCUUGCGUUGCAUCUCAAGGCAAACCCGAAGGAAGUGCUGGUCGGUUGGUACGCUACUUCGUCGGAGUUGAACACCUUCUCCGCUUUGAUCCAGAACUUCUACAGCGGCCAAGGUGAUGGGACCUUCCCUCACCCUGCUGUCCACUUGACUGUCUCUACCGAAGCUGGCAAGGAUGUUGAAACCCGCGCCUACAUUUCCGCUCCUGUUGGUGUGACGGCAGAGAGAGCCGCCGACAGCGCUGCCUUUAUCCCCGUCCCCUACGAGAUUCGCUACGGCGAGACUGAAAAGAGCGGUCUGGAAUCUAUUGCUGCCGCUCGCGAUGCUGAAAGCCGUGCCGCGAACAUCUUCACCGAUAUUGAGGCUCUUGAGCGUGCGGUCGAGGAAGUUCUCGGUAUGAUCGACCGCGUUUCCAAGUAUGUCGAAUCUGUCAUCGAUGAGGAGGCUCCUGCAUCGACAGCGUUGGGCCAGUUCCUUCUCAACGCUCUCGCUUUGGCGCCCAAGGUUGAGCCUGCCGAUAUCGAGCGGGAUUUCAACAACCACAUCCAAGACGUUCUGGUUGUGUCUUACCUGGCCAACACCAUCCGUACACAGAUGGAACUGUCCAACCGCUUAGCUACCGCUCAGCUCACCCUUGGCGGCGAGUCCGGCAAUGCAGAGUCCGGCCAGCGCGGAGGUCAGAGGGGCGGCAAGGGAGGCCGCGGAGGGCAGCAGAGGACUCAAGACCGGAGUGGAGAGGAGGCUCGCGCGUAA